AUGGAUGCAGACUCAAGUCGCUCUACCGACACUAGCAAGAGUGCUGAUCUAACAGAUCACACUCUUACAAACUCUCAAGCUUCGGCCAAAAUAGAACAGACUUCUACCUCUGAUAGUACCAGUCACGGGAGUACUGAAGAACAGUCAAUCCCCGUCAAUCUUUCACCAUCCUCAGUCGCACCUCCUAAAAUCAAAAAGCGUAUCGCUCCAACUCUGAUUUCAAGCCCUCCAAAUCAAGAAAUUCCCACUCACAAGAGCCCAUCAAUCUCAUUCACCUCUUCAGCACCCGCCAGCCCGUAUGAUCCCCAAUCACGAGCCCGCCUAUUGGAACUACGAAACGCAUGGAACGAACGACGAAUGGAAGAGGCCAUACCGCCGAGCACAAAUCAACCAUCCCCUUCGAACCUAGCAAAACAAUUCCAACGCAUCGAUCUUCAAAAUAAGAGGAAAGAUCCCAAUGCGCCUCGACGAGGAAUGUCCGCUUACAUGUUCUUCGCCAACGAUCAUCGUGAUAGAGUUCGCCAGGAGGAUCCACAGCUCUCAUUUGGACAACUUGGCAUCAUGUUGGGUGAGAAAUGGAAGGCGUCGAGUAUGGGGGAACGUAGAGUGUAUGAGGAGAUGGAGGCACGGGACUUGAGGAGAUAUGAAGAGGAAGUUGCUACAUAUCGUGGUUGA